AUGGUAAUUUUAAUAAAUGUGACAACAUUGUUGGGAUUACUGCAAAUAUCCUCAAAUUCGUAUGAAUUAAAUGUAAAAAUUGUGAAUAUGUUGAGCAAGGUGCGAAAGGAGCGUAAUUAUCGAACAAUAAUCUAUAUGAGUUCGGUAGAUGGGGUGCCUGAGGAGGGCUACAAUAUUGAUGAGGUGGCAAGGCUGAUGGAAACUCCCAUGAUACAACUGAAAGGAAAUACAUCCUUUUAUCUUUGGUCAAAAUUCAAUCGAGAAUUGCUGGCUGUGGUGCCAAUGAAUGGCGAUGAGCGUAAGGAUAAGUUACUACUAGAGUCACUGUGGAGGAAUCUAAGAAAACUUCUAAAGACGAGGUUGCUUUUAAUUUUUAAGGCCGCAACAGAUGAGGAAUAUAUGGAAGAUAUCAUAAGGUUUUGCUCUAACCACAAGGCAAUUAAUGUUAUGGCAAUAAAGGAAGAUGUUGCCUCACUGGAUCUCUGCUAUGUUCCAAACCUUUUCCCCUCUUUUGUGUUGAGAAGCCACAACAUGAGUGGGUCCUCAAACUUCAGAUUCUAUCCAAAUCAUGUUAGAAAUAUGCAUAAAUCUCCCUUACGCCUAAGUCUAAAGAAAGGCAGCAACAAGUCCUAUAUUUUAAAGGAGGUUAAUGGAAUCUAUUCCCUAGGUGGCCAUGUGGGUCAUUUCUUCGAUGAAUUUGCGAGAUUUCAUAAUGCAACAAUAACAUUUCCUACCGGUUAUCAUGAUGCCUUUGUGUUUGAUGCAUUCCUCGACAAUGACACCCUGGACAUGUCGCAGCAACUUGCAUUGAAUAACUAUAAAAGUGAUCGUGUUCACAGCGACUGCUAUAGCCUAACGGAUUGGUGUAUUAUGGUACCCACCGCCAGUCCAAUACCGUAUUAUAUGUUUUAUGGCAUGAUUUUUGAUCUCAAAAUAUUAACUCUCAUUCUGGUGACAAUUUUCGUUUUGACAUUUGCCAUAGAUCUAACUUUUUGGUUCGAGGGUAAGACCACCAAUCCUUGGAAUAUCCUGUUCAAUAUUUACACGUUCAAUGGUAUGCUGGGGCAACCCUAUCAAAUGGAGGCAAAUUAUUCCGGCUGGCGUAGUGUUCUCUAUGUGUUGACCUGUUUUGGUGGUGUCAUAGUUAACACCACCUAUGUCACAUAUCUACAAAGUUUCAAUGCCAGUCCACCGACAGAGAGACCCAUCAACACCUUGGAAGAUGCCCUUGCAAAUCCCAAGAAAAUUCUAAUGUACGAAGAUGAAUUCAGUAAAAUGAACAAUGAAAUCAUCAACGAUUAUGAUUUGUUUGUAAAAAUCAUUGAAGUUGUUCCAACAUUUUUGGAAUUUUAUACGCUGCGCGAUAGCUAUGAUACCCGUUAUUUAUAUCCAGUUCCAGAGGUACAGUGGUCUCUCUAUGAACAACAGCAGGAGUUCUUUGCCAAGCGUAAAUUUCGUCUAUCCAAUAUAUGCUUGGUAAAGAUGUACGGACAAAUGGUACCAAUGCAAGCGGAUUCUCCGUUUGAGGAAGCGGUCAAUGAAAUGAUUGGCAUAGCCCAUCAAGCCGGCCUCACCAAUCAUUGGAAACAAAUGGCCUUUAUGGAGGCCGUUCAAAGGAAACGCAUCAAUUUGACCGACUCCAGUAGUAAGGUUCGGUUUGAACCCAUGGAAUUGCAAGAUACUAAAUGGUUUAUGCUGCUAUAUCUUAUAUUGAAUUCAGUAGCAUUUUUGUGUUUUAUGUGCGAGAUAGUUUUCUACAAACUUAGCAAUAAAUCCGUAAUCAUAAUUAAAAUUUAA